CGCUAACCUACAACGAACAGACGUGUUACCUUGUCCAGGUGAAACCUUCCAACUUGUGCGACAGAGCAUUUUGAUGAUUUGAGGGUCAUAGGCCAUACUGAACGCGUAAAUGACAGCCAUCAGGUUCUCGGCGCUGCGACCAAGUAGGUACUUCAUACACGAGUUAAUCUCCGAUCCUUCGCGUGGUGUUUGAUGCACAUAUCCACAUUUUACUCCCUUCCUUCUAAUCAGCAAGUGUUCAAAAACCUCCACGUCAGAGGAAAGCUCGACGGUCACAACAGCGACACUGAUGCAGCAAAGCCAAGGAUGGCUUUCUUCCAACGAAUAACGCGAUCACGCACCAAGGCCGUUGCAAGCUCGGUCGAGGCAGACAACAAGAAUGUCCUAUCUCGUCCCAGUCUGGAGAAGUUGCCCCUAGAAGUACUCCGGAUGAUCUGCGAGUACGUUGACAGCCCAGGAGCCCCUGGUCUUUGUGCGCUGUCACAAGCCAGCAAACACUGUCUCGCUGCGACGUCAAAGUCGCUCUGUCGUGAAAUCAGAUUCGACGUAACCAGUCGCAGAAAGCUUCAGCAGGAUGUGAGUCUCUGCAGCACGCUUCUUGACAGCCGGUCAAGUUGGGUUCACGUACGCCGCGUCUCGGUCGAGGGAAGUAUGCCAGAACAAGAGCAUGAACCCGAAAUCGUCAAAAGAGGCCUCCGUCCCAGAAGACAACCAACAAAGCAACAUAUAGGAUCGCGUGGGUACUACGGCCCUCGGCGCACCCAGCAGAGAUAUCUGGAGAACACCCAAGACGACAACGCGUGGAAACCAUUGGCAAAACUGCUGGAGGACAUACCUGCUUUGACCGACAUCAUCUUCAAUUCUCCCGACCAAGUUCCACCUUGUCUCCUGCAGACGCUUCAUUCGCAUAUCCCGUCUUGUCGAUUGCACGUGAAACAUUUUCAGCUUCACAUUUUGGAAGAUUCUGAUUUGGACCAUCAUGAGCGAGCACUGGUGACUUCGCCGUCUCUUCAUGCAGCUACGUUCAAGUUCUUACAUUGGGUGCGUGGCCCUAUACCAAGGGCCGAAUACGAGCACAGUGAACUAGUUUCUUUCCAAUGGCUGGUGGCGGGCGCGGCUCCAAAUCUACGCGAAAUACGAUUAGCGAAUUACACAGGCGUGCCAACGGGCUUCAUACCGUCCAUGGAUGAGCCCGGAUGUAAGUCAGUCUUCCUGCAUGUCGAUAACCUAUCAAAACCGGGAAGGAUGGCACCUUUGACGACGUUCUCAUUUGGCAGCAGAGAUCACCGCCAUUUAAAUCGGUACGAUCUGGAUGUUUGGAGCAACUACGUCGACUACUCUGCCUUGCGCGCUCUCGAACUUGCAAAGGAGAAAAGAAUUGAUGCACUUAGUUGGGCAACGACCAACUGUUCUUUCACAUCUCUAGAGACACUUGUGCUCAUCAUCGAAUGGAAGGACAGCCACGAACUGGACAUUAUCAAGCAAACCGAGGUCGACGACUUUGUGCGCAGCCUUCCCCCCCUCAAAGACCUCAAGAUUGAUGGUGCUGUUGGUCCAAGUACUUUUCGAGCUAUCGUUCAACGUCAUGCUUCGACGCUUAAACGACUAUGGAUGGGAAACGUGGAGACGUGGCCUAGAGAGGAGGUCACUUCGUGUUUCACUGGAGUCCUGCAAGAACACCCUCUGCUUCAGCUUGAGGACUUGACUCUGGCCAUCCGGCGAUCCAAGGGCGAUGAGAACGAAGUCGCAAUAUACAAGACUCUCGGAUCCUUGCCCCGCCUUCAGACCUUAGACUUGACUCUCGACUGUGCGGACGAAUCUAUUCUUCCUCAUGUUGUGGGACCUGACACGUCUUUUCUAGGACGGGCUGUCGGUAAGGAUGUCACUGAUAACGAUGAAGCCAUGGAGCUUACUCAAGAUCUUUCAUCUGAUGAUUUCCAUCGGCAGACCUUCAAAGACUUACAAACGGCCGACGGUACUCAUCUUAGCUAUGGCCACAUUCGAGAUGCAUUCAUCAACAGCGCACUAGAUGAAAAACUAGCUCGUGCUAUCCACCAAAUCAUGAUUGCCACCAAAGGCCCUCGCUCGCUGCCAUUACAGCGUCUGAAACUUGGGACAAGAGGCGGCUGCCAGUUUGGUAGCAUUGACUCAGGAGUGUUAGCAGGCGUAUGCGAUUACAUGGGUCGAGCGGUGCUAGUCGAAUGCAGUCUCCCAGGCAGUGGUCUCACGCGGCUUUCGGUAACACAAGUGGAAGAUUCACGUGACUCUUACCACCCUUCCUUCUACAAUUUCGCAUACACCAGAGACGGGCCGCCUACUGAAUUGGAUUCGCAAACCGAGGCGGUCUUCCGGCGACUAUGGCCAGUCAAGUCAAGAGUUGGAGGCAGUUGGCAGAAGGAGUGGCAUAGUCUGCCUCUCGCCGAGCCUGCAAUUACAAGAAUGUAACACUUGAAAGCUCAAUAUCUUCCACAUUAUCGUAGAUAACUACCGCUGCGAUUAUGCUCGGCUGUAUGCGCAUAUAAGCUGCUAUAUAGCAGUUGUAGUUCGGUUAUGACACGCUGACUUCGUAAAUCCUGCGCUGUGCAGCGUUGUCACCCUGUCCAGAUCACGCAGUAAGCAGUAAGCUCAUGCCAACGUA